CAGUCAAUGUGAAAUAUAGUGAUGAUGAAAAUGAGGAAGAUGGUGAUGACAACUUUGACAAGAUGUUCUGGAGAAUGGAUAUGAAGAGCAUGAAGAAGUUUUUUGUUUCCUUAACAAGUAUGAAAACUAUGAAAACCAAGAGCUUGAGGCUAACUCCAGAAGUCCUCAAAGAACGCAAAAAGCUGGAAACUGCAAUCACAGGCCUGCAACCACAGAUCCGAGCUGGUUUAUCUAAACUGGAUGAAAUCAAAAGGACCCAACAAAUAAUUCAGGAGCACAAAGCAGAAAUCAAUACAAAUAAAAACUUUGAAUUUGAUGUAGAGGUGACAAAGCCAGUUCAGAUUAGUAUAAAAGGAUCUGGACAGUAUAUAACCAACUGUCAGCAGUGUUUUGUCACCUGCCACUUCCCUUGUACUAUUUCAGAUGAUAAGGAUAAGACACGUUGUUCUGCCAUGAACUCCAAAGGCAACUGCACAGUGUGUGCUGGCAAAUGUCGCUGGUAUGUGCAUUUUAACCAGAAGUAUAAAUGGGAAUAUAAAAAGGUGACAGAGAAGAGAACAUCUGAAGAGCUUAAAGCAAAGUAUGAGCACGCAUUUGGUAAGAAAAUGUCAGCUGAAGAAAUAAUUAAAACACAAGAGGAAGAAAUUCGGUAUCUUCAAGAUAUAGUACUGCAACUAAUGGAAACAUCACAAAGGUGUUUAGCUCGACUACAGGAAAUCGCUUUAAAGCCCAACCCACUUUCCACACCAGAAUACAUUGAUUUGCUGAUUAAGAGUGAAAAGGCAGAAGCUAAACCUGGAUUCCUGCAGCGAAUUCAGUCACUUGAAGCUAUGAGAGAACAAGCAGUGAUCAUACAAAAGGUCAUCAAUAACGAAGAACUUUCACCAUCCGAGGCAAGGAUGUAUAAGGCAAAAACAGAAAGACAAGAACAAAAGGCAUUGUUUGACUGGAAUACCAGUUCAACACAAGGCUCACCGAUAUUCACUUUCAUACAUCAUGCUUUGACUCGACAGACAGGAAUGUUUUCAAAACUGCUACUAGCAGCUUGGAUGAAUACACGGACACUGUAACAUCAUACGGAAGCUUCUGCGAGGACUCUUGCAUUCACAAAAAGUCUGUUGUCAGAUAUAACAAUGACAAACCAUGGUUUACAGCUGAACUCAGGCAGCUUCUUAAGACAAAAGAUGAAGCCUACAGGAGUGGUGACAAAAACCUGUUCAAAACUAAAAAGCUGGAAAACCAGUUCUCAACAAACAAGCCAUCUACAGUCUGGAAAGGAAUGCAGACAUUAACCAACUACAAAAAUA